CUCAAAGUCUCCUUGCCUCUUUCAAAGCCUGUCACUGAAGGAUCCGGAUGCGUGAACCGUCGGUAUAUCGCAGGGACAUGGACGGCUUCAGCAGAGUCGCUUUUCGGAGGAAACAACGAAGUUUGGAUUUCCCGGAUUCAAAUGAAACAGAGAGGAAAGGAAAAACCGCCUGUUGCAAGACGAGGAGCGCUGAUGAGGAGGCCUGCGUGGCCGUGAAGAUCGAACACUCCAGAGCUUUAGGCAGCAGCCCGGCGAGGAAUCCCAGCAGCGCUCCCAGUGUGCAGGCGUGUCUGAACCGAGCCAACAGAGGGACGACUGAAGCGAGCCGGGGAGGGCUCAAUGGAAGAGGCUCCAGGCCUCAACUGCAGUCUAAACCGCAAGUGCCUCCAAAGCCGCUGCACCUCCAGAGCCCAGUGACGGAGCUCUCAUCCCCGCUGGGCCGCUUCCAGAAACCACCGCUGAGAGCCGCCAUGGAGGAGGGAGGCGGGAAAACUGGGGCUGUGAACCGGGACAGGGCGAAGGAGAAGCACUCCAAAGUCUCAGACCUGAUCAGCCGCUUUGAGGAAAACAGCAACACAGAGAACAAGAGAGACGGCUCACCGCUCAAACACACCAGCAAGUCGUCCAACUGCAGCCCGGCUCACCGGCAGCACCAGAAGCAGACGGAGAGCGGCAGGACUCAGGAGAACCACUCCUCGCUGCCGGCCGCCAAGCAGGAUGCCCACAAACCAGCAGCCAACGGGGUGCUAGUGCAGAUGGAGCAGGGCAAGGAGAAGGAGGAGAAAGAGGAGAAGAACCACGACGGUGUGAGGAUAGAGACCGGCGAGCUGGUUAAUGGAGACAUGGGGAGCGCAGAGCAGAGCCAUCAUUCACCAACAGCUCACACAGACAGAACUGGUUCAGAAAGCUGCUCUGGGAAUGAGGACAGUGGGACUAAAGCAGAAAGUGAAGAAGGGAGCGCAGACCAGAAGGAAACAAAUGAGCAGAAGCUGUUUAAGAUCGCCAGUGAGCUCUUGCACACAGAGAAGGCCUACGUAGCGCGACUCAACCUGCUGGAUCAGGUGUUCUGCGCUAAGCUAAUGGAGGAGGCGAACAAAGGAACGUUCCCUGUGGACGUAGUGAAGAACAUCUUCUCCAACAUCUCCUCUAUCCACGCCUUCCACAGCCAGUUUCUGCUGCCAGACCUGGAGAAACGUAUGGGAGAAUGGGCGUCCACACCUCGCAUCGGAGACAUCCUGCAGAAACUCACACCCUUCCUCAAAAUGUACGGAGAGUACGUGAAGAAUUUCGACAAGGCCAUGGAGCUGCUGAAACAGUGGAUCGAUCGCUCGCCUCAGUUCAAGGCCAUAAUUCAGGAGAUCCAGAGCCAGGAGGUCUGCGGCUGUCUGACGCUUCAGCAUCACAUGUUGGAACCGGUCCAGAGAGUUCCUCGGUAUGAGAUGCUGCUCAAAGACUAUCUGAAGAAGCUUCCCCAGGAGGACUCUGACCGACGAGAUGCAGAAAAAUCGUUGGAAAUUAUCGCCACAGCAGCUACCCACUCCAACAGCGCCAUAAGAAAGUCUGAGAAUCUAAAGAAGCUGAUGGAGAUCUACGAGAUGCUGGGUGAGGAGGAGGACAUCGUUCACCCCUCCAACGAGUUCAUCAAAGAGGGCCACAUCCUGAAGCUGGCAGCCAGAAACACCUCAGCGAUGGAGCGAUACCUCUUCCUGUUCAACAACAUGCUGCUGUACUGCGUCCCCAAAUUCAGCCUGGGAGGGACCAAGUACACGGUGAGGACGAGGAUCGGCAUCGACGGCAUGAAGGUCCUGGAGACCACCAAUGAGGACUAUCCUCACACCUUCCAGGUGUCAGGGAAGGAGAGGACACUGGAGCUCCAGGCCAGCUCAGAGCAAGACAAGGCAGACUGGAUUAAGGCUUUCCGGGAGACCAUUGAGAUCUUCCAGCUAAAGAAUGAGUCGUUCAAGAACGCUCAGAAAGACGUAGAGGAAGUGUCGAAAGCCGAGCUGGGGAAACGCGCUCCUCGCUGGAUCCGUGACAACGAAGUGACGAUGUGUAUGAAGUGUAAGGAGCCUUUCAACGCUCUGACACGGCGGAGACACCACUGCAGAGCCUGUGGAUACGUGGUGUGCUGGAAAUGCUCAGACAAUAAAGUAAAGCUGGAAUAUGACGGCAACAAGGUGAACAAAGUGUGCAGAGACUGUUACUCCAUCCUGAAGGGAGAGGGCAUCGCCGAGGGCAAGAAGAAGGGCAUUCUGGAGAUCGAGGCGGGUCAGUUCGCAGACAGCAGCAUCAUGUGUGGCUUCCUGCAGUACUCGGAGAAGAACAAACUCUGGCAGAAGGUCUGGUGUGUGAUCCCUGAGAAGGAGAGUCUGGUGCUCUACCUCUACGGAGCUCCGCAGGAUGUGAAGGCCCAGUGCUCCAUCCCCCUGCUGGGGUAUUCUGUGGAUGACAGCGCCGGGCCCACCGACCAUCCGGCCAGCUUCCGCCUCUCCCAGUCCAAGUCCGUCCACAGCUUUGCCGCUGAAACCGAGGACCUGAAGCAGCGCUGGCUGAAAGUGAUCCGAUUGGCGGUGACGGGAGAUUUGCCAGAACGGCCUCACAGCAACGGCAGCGGCUCACUGGACAACAACAACUCACAGGAAGCCAGUACUGACAGCUCAUAAGGAUGUUUUCUACUAACUGCUGUCGGACAUUUGUGGGGUUUUUCUACAUGCAAACUGCUGUUGGAUUGGUCCAGAGAGACGGGAUGUGCAGAUGUGUGCUGCAUGCACAAAACACAAACACACACGCUCUCCAUUCUGUCCUUGAAUCUUAAAGACAAACUGUUAGUGCUGGAGAAGCUGCCUUUCCUCCUAUCUCCCCUGAUGCCUGGAUUUUCUUCUGGAGAUUCCCUGCUAGAGCUGUGCUGGAUUACUAACGGACAUUUCUGGUACAAUCAACACUAGAGCAGAGGGGCUCUCAGGAUGGAUCACUGUCAAAGCCAGCCUCCAUGGACCUGAGCCGGUGGACCAGCACAGACUAACCAAGCACUCUGGAUGUGAAUCAAACUAAGUCUGCUGGUGCUGUAACUCCGUGUACCUGUACAGUAUGAUUUCUUUCUUUUUAUUUCCACAAAGGAACAGUUGUGUUUGUAUGUACAGAAAAUAGUCCUAAACUUUGUUUCUAUAAAAUAGAAAAACAUCUAAGUAUGAUAUAAACUAUUUACAGUAUUUCUUCUUUUCUUUGCUUGAGAAGACGGUUCCCAAAUCGUAACAUUGAUCGUGUGUUUGGAUAAUGAUGGUCGUAUCUCUCUCCUCUUAUCCCCAGUGAACAAUUAAUCAACAGAUUGAUCAGAAUCUGGAUGCACACGGAACAAAUCUGUGAAUAUAGAGUCUGUUAAGCUAGAAGGAACUUAUUUACGACUCACUUCAAAAGACAAGAGUCUAAAAUAAGAGCCGUUUGGUUAAAUUGGGGGCUGAUUUUAGAUGAAAUCUUUCUGUUUUCAGUCCAUUUUCCACAAAUUCAAUCAAGAAACUCAUUACUAUUAUUAUCUAACAAACCCAAAUGUGAACGUCUGUUUUUAGCUCCUCUGAUUUAUCGAAUGCCGCAUUAAAGCACCAAUGAUGCACAAAUCCAUUAUCACUUUAUCCACAAGGCUAUUUUAAUAAUAAUGAAGGUAUAAAGCGUGGACUUUGUGAGGAUUUACUGCCAUAGAUUAGACGAUGAAGUUGUGAACGCAUCAACUUCCUCGUCUGUGAAUUCCCCAAACUUUCAAGUUCCAUUUGUCUAACGCAGAAGAUAAACCAGAUAAUAUUAAUACGACAUUAUUGGGUUACAAACAAGCUCACAGACUAUUAAAUAUGUGUUGUUAUACUUCGCCCAGUGGUUCUACAAUUUCAUUUAUCAGAUGCUUUUAUCCAAAACGACGUACAUCUGAGAGUCAAUGCAACACAAGCAGGGAUCGAGUCAGGAGGAAACCGCCUGGAUUUAAAACUGCACGUUGCAAUCACACAUUCUGAUACUUGUAACCACACAUUAUUCUAAUGCUUGUAACCACUUACUGAAUUGUAAAUGCAGUCGGUCCUCGGUUCACGGUGAGAGAGAUGAGCAACGAUCACCAUUAUCUUUGUUCUGUUCAGUUGUAAACGCAGCACAAUCACAACUAGCGAGCUGGUGCGACAAAUGUAAAUGUGUUUUUAAUGCUGUAAUUAAUUUUUAUUAUUUAAAGUAAUUUAUAGAGUAUGACAAGCAUGAUCUGUUAAACGUAGCACAAAUUCCUUCCCUCACUGUCGACUAAGAAGUGCGUUAGGUAGAUACUAUUUUUUCUGAGCAGAUGUUUGUUUUUUUUCCCACUAACCCGUGAAACGUGUCACAGCGACCAGUGGCAGAACUGGACAGACUGCAGGGGGGGGGGAAUGUGCCUAUGCUUUCCACAGUGUUCACGCCAUGGUCCUGUUCGCAGAGUUUCCCCUCGUGCUCGAUGCUGGUGCUCACCCCAGCCUCACCCCACUGAACUCCUUCCUCCCUUCCUCAGUAUUCAAAUAAAAAAAUGAGAGCACAAACCUUCCGUCUGUUAGAUCUGAAUGUAUAUCCAGAUUUGUAUGUGCCCCCUCAUCCCCUCCCCAAAGAUUUGAAAAUCUACGCACUUUACGGUCUAAAAAGUGUACCUUCAAGGAAAAUAAAAUGAGAUUAAAUGAC